CGACAAGCUGCCUCUCCAGCCACUUCUCACUUCUUCCACCAGGUUCCUCCAGACUACACGACCUGGCAUCAGCCACCAGCAGCAGCAGCAACGUCAGAAACAAAUAGCAUCUGAAUUUACUUGUCAGCCGUCUCGGAUCACUGAUACAGUCAGAGCAGGAGAGGGCGGAUAGGCUGCAGCAGGAGCAACCAUGAGCACCAUGAAGUUCUGCCGGGAGUGCAACAACAUACUGUAUCCCAAGGAGGACAGGGAGAACAAGGUGCUUCUCUAUGCCUGCAGGAACUGUGAUCAUCAGGAGGUGUCCGACAGCAACUGCGUGUACCGGAACGUGGUCGACCACGCCGCCGGCGAGUUCACGCAGGUGCUCUUCGAGGACGUCGCCUCCGACCCCACCCUACCGCGCACCAAGUCCGUCCGCUGCGCCGCCUGCGGCCACGGCGAGGCUGUCUUCUUCCAGGCGACGGCGAGGGGCGAGGAAGGCAUGACGCUCUUCUUCGUCUGCUGCAACCCCAGCUGCGGCCACCGAUGGAGGGACUGAAAUGGUGACCCGAUGCUUCAGCUGGUUGCUUCAAGAGAACAAAACUUCAUCGAUGCAUUAAUAUAACUUGCAGCAAGAGAUUCAUGGUUUACCUCUUGCAUUGUGGUUCAGGAAAUGGUAAUAAGUUGACGGAAUUCAGAAUCCAUGCUAAGAUUCUGGGAUC